CGGAAAAAAAAAAAAAAAAAAGUAGCAGACGUUUUCUUCUUGGUUCGUCUGAGACUCUAGUCGGAGAGCGGAAACCCUAGCCCCUUGCCCUUGCUUCUCCGUCGUAGUUCCCGGCAGCUGGCAACCAGCGAAAAAGGGCGAGCAUCAAGGGAGAUCUGCUGAUUUCUUCUUUUCCAUUUCUCUUCCCAUCGCUGGUGGAAAAGGUUAUUGCUGCGGCGAUUGCAGCAGCAGGUUAUUGCUACUCCAUUUCAGUUUUGGUGGGAAUCUAGAUUUUGGCUUGCAAUUCGGAACAGAGGUUGGCAAACAAUGAAGCCUGUUGUAGGGACGGUUGUCUCAAACAAGAUGCAGAAGUCAGUGGUUGUGGCGGUUGAUCGUCUGUUCCAUCACAAGCUAUUCAAUCGUUAUGUCAAAAGAACCAGCAAGUUCAUGGCUCAUGAUGAAAAAGAUGAAUGCAACAUUGGUGACAAAGUUAGGUUGGACCCUUCCAGGCCGUUGAGCAAACACAAACAUUGGGUUGUUGCAGAGAUUCUUAAGAAAGCACGUAUCUACAUUCCACCCUCAGCUGCAUCUCCUCCCUCUAAUUCAAGCAGCAAGUCUGAAGUAGCCGCUUCUUAAUCAUCUUAAGGUUUGAGGACUCAAUUGUGUAGGAUUAACUGAUUUAUCCAACUAAGUAUUCUGCACGUACAAGAGUGAGCGAGUGAGUCAGAGAUGACUGCUAAGUCCUAGUUUCAAAAGUUCACUUUCUUGAAUAGUUUAAUAAAUCCUCUGUCGUUCAAGGAUUUGUUUCCUUAAAAGCUGUUGGAAUUGAAUUGUAAAAUUAUUAAUCUUUCUACAAGCUACUGCUUUCUGUUUA